AUGAAUAAGGUGAUGGCAGGUGGCUGUUGUGUCGCAGAAAGUGCGGGGCGCGAGUUAGCAGACGACGGUAUGGCUACCGCAGCUAGUACGAUGAUCGCCUGGCCUGUUUUAUCAGAUACCGGUGAACAUAUAAUGAAUGACGGGGAGUAUUUGUAUAUGACGUCCACUGGGGACCGCAUUUACAUGCCGUCUGCGGUGGUGACGAUCCACCAACAGCAAGAUUCACAUGAGGUGCGGACGUCACUCUCGCCAGCUCCGCCGCUGACUGUGGAUGAAGGUGAAGCCUCACAAAUCAAAGGAGCUACACCACAACUACAACGAGAGACAAUGAAGGAUGGGACAGAAGAAAAACUCUGGAGUGCGAGCAGAACUCGCUUUUUUAUAAACUGUUUUAAAGAACACAGACUCCAAAUUGGAAAGAAGGGUGGAUACAGGACAAAAAAGAUGCUGUGGGCCACCAUGGCAGACCGCCUGAACGAAGAGUUCAAGGAGAACUUUACUGCCACUCAAGUUGAGAACCGAUGGAAGUCCUUAGAAAGGGCAUACAAAAAUGCGAAGAAGAAGAACAAUACCUCUGGGAGUGGCACAGUGGUAUUUGAAUAUGAAGAAGAACUGCAUGACAUCUUGGAGAGCCAGCAUCACAUCUCUCCUGUAGUGCUGAUGGCACCUGGCAAAACCGUGAUCAAACGUGGGUCCACAAAAAUAGCCAAGGCCACGAGCCACAGCACGACGCAGUCUCCGCCGCCUCAGCUACCACUACCCGAGGAGGAGGGGGAGGAGGAGACGUCGGAAACACCAGUCACCAGACACAGGAGGCGCAGAGCACCCAGGGAGAGUGCAACAGAAGUUCUGCGGGAGCUUGUUAAUCAACUGAAAACGAUCGAGGAAGCCAGGCAGAAGCGUCAUGAAGAGAAGAUUGCACUACUUGAGAGAUUUGUGGCAGCAUCAGUUUGUACUGAAUGUAGCUCAAAAAGAACAACAUUAUAA